AUGCCAGUAUCAACAUUGCCAGUAAUUAACCCAUUCAACUGGGGUUUCAAUGGAACAGUUAAACAUGUCGUCGGAAAGAAUGGAACUGUACAACUGUAUUUGAAGGACGAGAAGGAAAGAACGGAUUUGGAACAUUUUGUUUCCCAAAAUAUUCCUGAAUUGAAAGAUGGGGCUCAAUUUAGAUUGAACCCGCUGCUAUUCACAGGUAUUUUGCAGACCGUUUAUCUGGGAGUCGCGGAUUUCUCACAAAAGUUCAGAGUGUUCUAUGGAAGGGAGAUUGUCAAGUACUCAGAUGGAGGUGUUUCAACGGCUGAUUGGGUGAUGAACUCGUGGAAGAAUCAGUAUCAUUUCGACGAGAAGACCGGCCGCUUUGAUAGAGAAAAAUUCGAUAAGGAUGAGGAAGAAACGCACUUUGAUAACUGGCCCCGUUUACACCCUCGUACGAGGUACAUGAGACAAGCAGAAAUCGAGCAGGUACAUAGUGACGAUAGACCCUUGAUUGUUGUUCUCCAUGGUUUGGCAGGUGGCUCCCAUGAACCAGUGAUAAGAUCGCUUACAGACAACUUGUCCCGUAUGGGCAAUGGCAGAUUUCAGGUUGUGGUUUUGAAUGCCCGUGGUUGUGCCCGCUCGAAGAUUACCACACGUUCAUUAUUCACGGCACUUAACACUGGCGAUAUCGAAGAGUUCUUAAAUGCUAAUAAGAAAAGGCAUCCCAACAGGAAGAUAUAUGCCGUAGGAUUUUCAUUUGGAGCAUGUAUGCUUGCAAACUAUUUGGGCAGGCUGGGGGAGAACACGCCUUUGUCAGCUGCCGUGACUCUAUGCAACCCAUGGGAUAUGGUCUUGUCGACAUACAAGAUGAGGGAUGAUUGGUGGUCAAGGAGGCUUUUCACGAAAAGUAUGGUUCAUUUUUUGACAAGAAUGAUCAAAGUAAACAUGGGCGAACUCGAAGUACCGGAUGGGUCAAAACCUGAUCACAAACCUAGUGUUGAAAACCCUUCUUAUUAUACAUGUACGCGUUCGAACUUGGAGAAAGCAAAGCACUUUGAUUCGGUCAUUGAAUUUGAUAAUCUCUACACUGCACCGUGUCUUGGAUUUGCCAGCGCUCUCGAUUAUUACAAGGAAGCUUCACCGGUUAACAGAUUGCCCAACAUUAAAAUUCCUACACUGAUAAUAAACUCAAGCGAUGACCCUGUUGUCGGAUCGGAAGCGAUAUCACAUGAGCAAGUUUCGGCAAAUCCAAAUGUCUUGCUGUGCGAGACUGAUCUCGGUGGCCAUUUGGCUUAUUUGGAUUGCGAAAACGAGCCAUGGGUGACAAAACAGAUUGCUGCGUUCUUCUACAAAUUCGACGAACUUGUUCGCUGA